UCAUGUUGCACUUAUUCGUCAAAAUGCCGAGAUUGCCAAAUUUUUGUUGGAGAAGGAUCCUGAUUUGGUUUAUGUUGUCAACAAAUCUAAGGAAACACCCCUUCAUCUUGCAGUCAAGCACCAUGUUAUUAACUAUGAAAGCUAUGCAGCAACGACCAUGAUAAAAAAACUAAUGAUCAGUAAGGGAGAAGCAGCCUGACGAAAAUGGUUUAACUCCUCUUCAUAGAGCAGCAUCACUCAGGACACCUUAUAAUCUGCGGGUCAUAAGAAUUAUACUUAACCAUUGGCCACAGUCUGCAGAGGUCCGCGAUUCUCUUGGCAACUCCAUCUUACACCUUCUAAUAAGUAAAAUCCCCAACUACCAAGAAGGUAACAAAUUGCUUAAACUUAAAGAGAUAUAUGCUCUCAGGGAUUAUCAGAACCAACAAGGAGAUACACCACUACAUAUUGCUGCAAGGAAUAAGGAUUCUAGUAUGGUGCGGGUUCUAUUGGAAUGCUCAACCAAAAUCAGCAUCAACAACAUGGAUGGCACCUCAGCAGCAUCUUUAGUUCAAGAAAAGAGUCUGCUUGAGAUGCUAAGGAAACGAACUAUGACAGUGGAGGAAUCUGAAGCAGCAGACAGAGCAAACAUAACCGUUCUAAGAGAAAGAAUGAGCAGGCUAGGAAUGAAAUUCUUACUCUCACACGAUUCCAAGGGAAGGAAUGUUCUUCAUAAAUUAUUGCAUAUAAAUUUAGAACGCUAUAUAGUGCAAAAUGACUUUGUAGAUUUUAUCAGAACAGUUCUCGGUCGCUGUCCAGCGCUUAUUUCUCAGACAGACUUUAAAGGGGAUACUCCUGUUCAUGUCCUUGUGCGGAAUCAUCCUCAAACAUCAAUUCAUGUUGCUUUAUCAGAUCCAUCUAACACCCAACAGAAGGAUGUUACUUAUAAAAUGUCAUCAUUGUUGGAAUCAAGCCUAUUGUCGGUGUUGGUGGAGUUAUGCCAUCAGUGUAUCCUUACGAAUCAAGAAGAGGCUAGUCUCGAUGGAGUUCGUUAUGACACAAUAUGGUUGGUACAGAAUACAGAUGGCAAUACGCCUCUCCAUGAGGCACUCAUAGCAACUAACCAUGGAUUGGCAAUGAGAUUGCUAGAGCAUGAUCAAAGAUCUGCUGGUUUAGUCAACAAACGUAAGGAAACACCAUUGCAUCUGCUUACUAGACAUCCCUUAGAUACCGAGCAUCCCGACAAAGUACACAUAGAGCUGAUGGUAAAGGCAAAUAUGGGCGCAGCCUAUUCGCUUGAUAACGGGGGCCUCACCCCCUUACUGCGAGCAUUUCAUACUGGCAACCUACAUGCCGUUGCAAUCUUAUGCAGUGUUUCCCCAGAAGCAGCAGAAAUUUCUGACGCUAAGGGUCACACAUUUUGGCACCUUGUUAUAAAUCAUCCAUCCAUCUACUACUUCUUUCGCCUCCUUCGAGAUGAAACUUUAAGAGAUCUGUUGAAAUUGAAGGACAAAGAUGGAAACACGCUGUUCCGGUAUGGGACAAAUCACAGGGUUCUGAACCGGCGUUCUACCUUUGAGGUGGGUGAGACAUCCCAUAGACCGGUACCUAGGGAGAUCCCGGCCUCUCCUGUCCACUCCGAUGCUGUGGAGAGUGUGGAGAAAUAUGUAGCCGGGACGGAUGAGGAGUCUACCACCUUAGAGGCCGAGUCGGAUUCUGACCGAGAGGACCCUCCCGAGAUAAUCCCUGAGGAUUCUGAUGAGGAUACCCUAGCGGAACUGUACAUGCCUCCCAGUGAUGAGGGCUGUGCUGGAAGACGGCUCGCCAAGGGUAAAGGGGCCGGGAAGAAAGGAAUCCCUGAUAACGAGCUUGAGGGCCGUGGCGGGUGGAUGUCAUAUACACGAAAGCGGGAAGUUAACGGUCUACCCAAACCUAGCUCCCUCAAGCUCUGGAGAGGCCGAUUUUUCUGGGUGCGCGUUCCUGACGAUUUCCCUUUGAGACGUCAAUGGACUAAACCCCGUUCCCGCAUGGAACAUAUCAGGGAUAGGGGUUUAACCCGCCGGGAACGUUUGGCCUUUGACUACUUUGCGUCGGACUCUAUCCCGGCGCUGAGAGGCAAGAAGAGGAUACCAGUUCCCAAGCAAGGAUUUCUUGAUCCGCGAAGCCCUUCACGUCGACAGAUCUUACCGGCCUUUGAUAACAUGCCUCCUAAGCCUGCAGCAAGUAUGUCCCUAUCCAAUGCCGGCGGUGGCGGCCGAGGAGGCGAGGCGGCCGGGGGUCCGCCGGAGAUCCGGUGCUGA